AUGUCCAUAAGCCCAUCUUUAAGGCCCAAAAAUUCUGAACUUUCACGAAGCUUCUUCCUCCUCCUGUCCCCCCAAAAGGAAGAACCAAGAAGCAUAGCUUUCAUCGAUUGGCGUGCGAAUUUCGCAGAUUCGUCCUUAAUUCUGGCGCUAAUGACUGCUUCAUCUCUUGUGAGAAAAUUCAGGCCGAUCUCCUCUUCAAGAGGAAGAUGGGCUGGGACUUUGACUCCUAGGAAACAAUCAAAUGAUGAUGCUAGCGAAGCACGUAUAGAGAAGGAGAAAGUCGAGCCGAUUACCACCUUCAGCCGGCCGCCUCCAUUUUCCCCUUUCCUUGGAUCUCUCAUUGCCCUUUCAAUGCUGCAAUCGUGGAGCAAAAGGGAUAACAAUGACGAUUGACGAACGGCAGGUGAAAUGAAGCCUUUACGUUUGUGUUGGUUUUGUUGUGGAUGUUUUUGGAUUACACAAAAUGAGUCUUUGUAAAUAUUGUAAAACUGAAAAUAAAUAAAUCUUGUAGUUCUCUCGUAGAAUAAGUUUUGCGAGUUGUUGUAGUACUCG